GGAGGAGGAAGAGCGGGAGGAGGAGGGAGCCUGCGGGGCGGGCUCAGAGCGCUCUUCGCGCGGGCUGCUCCUGCCACGACUCGAGGCAGGGGACUGGCUCGCUCUCUCCCCUCUGACCGGUUCUCACCCUCAUCCACACGCCCCAGCCGCCCUCACGCGCCCCUUCUUCCCUCCCUGGCACUUUUCCUGUGCAACCAUCCAUCUAUCCAUCCAUCCAUCCUUCCGGGAUAAACUUUGAUGGGGAAUUUGACUCCGUGCUGGAAAGAUGCCGGUUAUGAAAGGAUUACUGGCGCCCCAGAACACCUUCCUGGACACCAUCGCCACCCGCUUUGAUGGAACACAUAGCAACUUCAUCCUUGCCAAUGCCCAGGUGGCAAAGGGUUUCCCCAUCGUCUACUGUUCCGAUGGCUUCUGCGAGUUGGCUGGAUUUGCCCGAACUGAAGUCAUGCAGAAGUCAUGUAGCUGCAAGUUUUUGUUUGGGGUUGAGACCAACGAGCAGCUGAUGCUUCAGAUAGAAAAGUCACUGGAAGAAAAGAUAGAAUUCAAAGGAGAAAUCAUGUUCUACAAGAAGAAUGGCUCUCCGUUUUGGUGCCUACUGGAUAUCGUUCCUAUAAAGAAUGAAAAAGGAGACGUGGUGCUUUUUCUGGCCUCAUUCAAAGACAUAACAGAUACGAAAGUGAAGAUAACUCAAGAAGAUAAAAAAGAAGACAGAGGCAAAGGAAGAUCAAGAACAGGAACCCACCUGGACUCAGCCCGGAGACGGAGCCGAGCCGUCCUCUAUCACAUCUCAGGACACCUACAAAGAAGAGAAAAGAACAAAUUGAAAAUAAAUAAUAACGUUUUUGUAGAUAAACCAGCAUUUCCAGAGUAUAAAGUUUCUGAUGCAAAAAAGUCCAAAUUCAUACUUUUGCAUUUUAGCACUUUUAAAGCUGGUUGGGACUGGCUUAUUUUGUUGGCAACGUUUUAUGUUGCCGUGACGGUACCUUACAACGUCUGCUUCAUUGGCAACGAUGACCUGUCAACCACCCGGAGCACAACAGUCAGUGAUAUCGCCGUGGAGAUUCUUUUUAUCAUAGAUAUUAUUUUAAAUUUCCGAACAACUUACGUGAGCAAGUCUGGCCAAGUUAUUUUUGAAGCGAGAUCAAUUUGCAUCCACUACGUCACAACCUGGUUCAUCAUUGAUUUAAUUGCUGCCCUGCCCUUUGACCUCCUAUAUGCGUUCAAUGUCACGGUGGUGUCACUUGUGCAUCUCCUGAAGACAGUACGGCUGCUGCGUCUUCUGCGUCUCCUGCAGAAACUGGACCGGUACUCCCAGCACAGCACCGUGGUCCUGACCUUGCUCAUGUCCAUGUUCGCGCUCCUGGCGCACUGGAUGGCCUGCAUCUGGUAUGUCAUUGGGAAGAUGGAGAGAGAGGACAACAGCCUUCUGAAGUGGGAAGUCGGCUGGCUUCACGAGCUGGGGAAGCGGCUGGAGUCCCCGUACUACGGCAACAACACCCUGGGGGGCCCGUCCAUCCGCAGCGCCUACAUCGCCGCGCUCUACUUCACGCUGAGCAGCCUCACGAGCGUGGGCUUCGGGAACGUGUCGGCCAACACGGACGCGGAGAAGAUCUUCUCCAUCUGCACCAUGCUCAUUGGGGCCUUGAUGCACGCCUUGGUGUUCGGGAACGUGACAGCCAUCAUACAGAGGAUGUACUCGCGCUGGUCACUGUACCACACCAGAACCAAGGACCUGAAGGACUUCAUCCGCGUGCAUCACCUGCCCCAGCAGCUCAAGCAGAGGAUGCUCGAAUACUUCCAGACAACCUGGUCAGUCAACAACGGCAUAGACUCCAAUGAGCUUUUGAAGGAUUUUCCGGAUGAGCUGCGCUCCGACAUCACCAUGCACCUGAACAAGGAGAUUUUACAGUUGUCGCUGUUUGAAUGUGCCAGCCGGGGCUGCCUCAGGUCUCUGUCUCUCCACAUCAAGACUUCUUUCUGUGCUCCGGGGGAGUAUCUGCUGCGUCAAGGGGAUGCUUUGCAAGCCAUCUACUUCGUGUGCUCUGGCUCCAUGGAGGUUCUGAAAGACAGCAUGGUGCUGGCUAUUCUUGGGAAAGGAGAUUUAAUUGGAGCAAAUCUAUCAAUUAAGGACCAAGUGAUCAAGACCAAUGCCGAUGUGAAGGCUCUGACCUACUGCGAUCUGCAGUGCAUCAUCCUCAAAGGGCUUUUUGAAGUGCUGGACCUCUACCCAGAAUACGCGCACAAGUUCGUGGAAGACAUUCAGCACGACCUCACCUAUAACCUUCGUGAAGGCCACGAGAGUGACGUGAUAUCAAGAUUAUCAAACAAAUCGACAGUCUCACAGUCAGAGCCCAAGGGAAAUGGCAGCAUCAAGAGACUCCCAUCCAUUGUGGAAGAUGAGGAAGAGGAAGAGGAGGGGGAGGAAGAAGAGACCGCCUCGCUCUCUCCCAUCUAUACUCGGGGAUCCUCCUCCUCUCGCAGCAAGAAGAUCGGAGGCAAUAAAAGCUAUCUCGGCUUAAGCUUAAAGCAACUAGCCUCGGGGACGGUGCCCUUUCACUCGCCCAUCAGAGUGGCCAGUGCGAAUUUCCCCCAAACCAAACCGGAGGCCGACACGCCUAGCCACGGGAGGAGGAAAGAGAAGAACUUGAAAUUGCAACUUUCCGCUUUGAACAACGCCGGGCCCCCAGAUCUCAGUCCCAGGGUUGUGGAUGGCAUUGAAGAUGGGAAUAGCAGUGAAGAAAGUCAGACUUUCGACUUUGGUUCUGAGCGAAUCAAGCCAGAGCCCAGAAUUUCUCCUCCUCUUGGAGACCCAGAGAUCGGAGCUGCUGUUCUGUUCAUCAAAGCUGAGGAGACAACGCAGCAGAUCAACCAGCUGAACAGUGAGGUAACCACGUUGACGCAGGAGGUCUCCCAGCUAGGCCAAGACGUGAGGAACGUGAUGCAACUGCUAGAAAGCAUCCUGUCUCCCCAGCGGUGCUGCUCUCUGCGCCCCUCCCCUGUGUGCCCGUCCAGGGAGAGCCUGCAGGCCGGGGUGAGCUGGGGCGCGCACCAGCCUCGCCGACACCUGCAGACAGCCCAGGCCCAGCUCUGUCUCGGGGACGUCGCCUCGGACAUCUGGAGCGUGGAUCCCUCCUCGGUGGGGAGCAGCCCCCAGCGGACCGGGGUUCCCGAGCGCGACCCCGCCGACCGUGAACUCUACCUUUCCCCGAGCCGGGACUACGGCCCCCCGCCCUGCCCGGCCCGGCCCGAAGGACCCCCGCGCCUCCCCGGGUGCCUCGCGCCCCUCUCCGACGCCGCGCUGACGCCCCUGCAGUCCAUCUCGGCGACGCUCUCGUCCUCCAUCUGCUCCUCCUCGGACACAUCCUUACACCUGGUCCCCCCGAGCCCCUCGGAGGGCAGCAGCUUCAGCCACGGACCCGCGGGCUCCUUCAGCCUGGAGAACUUGCCCGGCUCUUGGGACCCAGGCGCAAUGUCAUCCGCCUCUAUGGACCCCUUGGAGAACCUUCCCUUGGAAGUCGCCCCAAGCACAGCAGAAAUAAAAGACGACAGAGCCUUAAACGUAUGAUCCCGGCUCGGACAAGCGAGCAGCUGCCGAUGUCAAACCCACCGCGGUGUGACAGCCUUCUUCUGCCCGUUUUUAUCCCCCCCCCCCCCCUACGGUGGGGUAUACAGACGGAGUAGAGUUGGGAAUUCUGCAGAAGAGAGGGCGAGGGCCCCGGGGAGAUGCAGAAUUUCUAGAUCUUAGAAGCACCUGCCAACCUCUUCCUAUGCAGGUAUUGACGUACUGGUCUGUUUGACAGACUUUGGUAAAAGUCCAAAGACCCUGAGGGUUUUCUAAGCAACUAGAAGUCCCAGACAAAGAAAUCGGGGGGAUUAGCCUUGUCCCAGGUGGCCUUUGUAAAGUGCUGGCCAAGGUUUCUCCGAGUGCCCGCUUACCAUUCCUGAACAAUGUCCCGAGCACUGUCUGCCUAGGGGAGUGCGCGGCUCCCACUGAUCUAUUUAUCUUUUUGCGAAGGCAAACGGACAAUGAUCGCUGCAUGACAUCUUCUAGACAAUCAAACAGAGCUGGCGGCCAGUGACUAGCUAUCCGCACGUUAUUUGCUAUGUAAAUGAAAAACAUCUUUAUUUAUCAAAAAAUAAGCUAUUUUUAUAUCCUUGGUAUGAAAUAUGUAUUUAAAAUAUUUAUAAAGAAAUGAAUGUUUUCUUUUCAUUUUGGUUAAAAAAAAGAAGAAGCUUGCUGUUUUAAGAAGAGAUAUACCACUGUUAUGUAUAGUAGAUGAAAAUUAUUUAUUAUGGAGAGGGUGUAGUUUCCAAAGGAAUUCCCUUUUACUUGCAUGCAGUUUGCAAAAAAAAAAAAAAAAGUAUCCUCACACUUCGGGAUUAUAAAAGAAUAGUGAGGUCAUAUUUUAUUAAUGAAAUAAAACCAUGGAUUCAGUGUCAUCUCCAUCCAUGAGCUGACUCACGUAAUGUUGUGAACUGAGGCAGCCUGAAGGCAGCGGGGUCUUUCCUCUGGUGACCUUAUUUUGCGGCUUGAGAACCACAGAUUUGUCAGUGUAACAGCCUGCGGUGAGCCCCUCUAGUCUCAAACUGAAGAAGACAGCCAUGUGUUUGCGUCCCCCCACCCCUGUCCCCUUCUUUGAGGAGUGGCCGCAGACCUGGGAAGGUUUCCAAACAAAGCCGAACCUUCUGAACUAUGGGUCAGGUCAGAUUCCAAGGCUCUAAAUCUCUUGACAAAGGGGCUGGAGAGAGAGCUCACCGGCUAAGGUGCUUGCCUGCAAUGCCUAACAACCAGGGUUAGUUUCCCCAAUACCCACGUAAAACCAGAUGCACAA